UACAGCUGUAAGAUAAGGAAUACGUAUGGGAUUAAAGGCAUAACUAUAAAAAGGAGCUGCAGAUAAAGACAUGGAUUAGUGUGCAAAUAUGGCUUCAGCUUCCGUGAUAUGUUUAGCGGUGUUGGUUUCAGCUGCCACUUGUGAAUUGCUGACGGCAGAUCAGCUUGCAAAGGCAAUUCCAGGACACUUGGAGUUAGAUCCGGAAUUCCGCAAGCUUCACCCAAGUAUUCCAGGUCCUUACGAGCAUGUAGACCCAUUUAUAGUUGGUGGUGUUGAGUCAACGCCCCAUUCCAGACAGUAUCAGGUCGGAAUCUACACUCCUGUAACAACAGCAGGAAUUUCAUUUUGUGGCGGAACCCUCAUCAAUGCGCGCACCGUUGUUACUGCCGCCCACUGUGUGGAUCUUCGCGUGGGUAAUCUAUCAAUUUUCAUGGGAGCCCACAACAUGCCCCCGGGUGGGGAUUUAAAUAUAGUUGCAAGAUUUGCGGGGGAUGUAGUUAUUCAUGAGGGCUGGAAUCGGUCCAUUCUUCUACACGAUAUUGCUCUGGUUAGGUUCGAAGUUGCAGUACCUUUAAGCGCAAGCAUCAUACCGAUUCUUCUCCCGAGAGAUGCCUCCAAUGACUACCUCGGGAACACUACUUUAGUGUCUGGUUGGGGACGUGCUUCAGAUAGCAUCAACACUAUUUCCCCAGUGUUGAGAGAAGUUACUUCAUGGGUUAUCAGUAACUAUGCCUGCAGAAUGGCAUAUUUAGGAAUUGUCCAGGACAGUCAUAUUUGCAUUUCUGGCGCUCAUGGAAGAGGUACUUGUAAUGGAGAUUCUGGCGGCCCUCUGGUUGUUAAUGGGGUUUUGAUUGGAGUCGUCUCGUUUGGAAGCGCUUUUGGUUGCGAAGUGGGCUGGCCUUCAGCAAUGGCCAGAAUUACUUCCUAUUUGGACUGGAUUAGGCAGAAUCAAGCUCCAGCAGAGAACGAUGCUGGAGAUAAUUGCAAAGAGCAAUUUGUAAAUAUGGCUUCAGCUACACUACUAUGUGUAGCUGCGCUUGUUUCGGCUACAGCUGGUCAACUGUUGACCGCUGAACAGUUUGCAAACGCCGUUCCAGGUCAUCUAGAGUUAGAUCCAGAAUUCCGGAAACUCCACCCAAACAUUCCAGGACCUCAGGAAAAUGUAGAUCCGUUCAUAGUGGGAGGCGUCGAAGCAAUCCCGCAUUCUAGACCCUAUCAGGUGGCAGUUUACUCCCCAAUAACAGCAACUGGAUUUUCAUUUUGUGGAGGAUCGCUGAUCAAUGCACGCACAGUUAUCACUGCAGCUCACUGUGUAGACCGACGCAUAGGAAAUCUAUCAGUUUUUAUGGGCGCUCAUAACAUGCCUCCGGGUACUGCUCCUAAUGUCAUAAGCAGAUCAUCUGAUGACGUACUUAUACAUGAGGGAUGGAAUAGAGCCAUACUUCUACAUGAUAUUGCUAUAGUGAGAUUUGAAACUCCAGUUCCUUUGAGCGCAAACAUCACCCCAGUUCUCCUGCCCAGAGAUGCCACACAUGACUAUCUAGGAAACACGACUUUGGUGACUGGUUGGGGCAGACCUUCGGAUAGUAUUAAUGCAAUUUCUCCUGUCCUGAGAGAAGUCACUUCGUGGGUCAUCAGUAAUUAUGCCUGCCGAAUGGCAUAUUUAGGCACUGUCCAGGACAGUCAUAUUUGCAUUUCUGGAGCUCAUGGAAGAGGAACUUGUCAGGGCGAUUCUGGUGGUCCCUUGGUUAUUAAUGGAGCACUGAUUGGAGUCGUCUCGUUUGGAAGCGCCUUUGGCUGUGAGGUGGGUUGGCCCUCGGCAAUGGCCAGAGUCACUUCCUAUUUGGACUGGAUUAGUCAAAACCAAGCUCCAGCAUAAUUGUUGAUGAGUUAAAAAUACUAAAUCACUUCAUCACUUUAUGCUGUAAAAGUAUGCAUAUUAAUGGGCACAGUAUAUAUUUGUCCUAGAAAGUAUAUAUUUUUUAUAUCCUGGAAAAUAUAGAUAAUUGUCCCCUUGAAAAAAUAAAGAUAGCAUAAAAUAUUCAGUAUUCA